AUGGACGAGCUCGAGGUGUCAGCUCCAGACGCUUGCGAGCACGUUUUCACGGCAGCUGCAAAGUCAGUCACCUGCAAGUCGUUGUCGCCUCUUUCGGUGCCGCGAGAUGGCAGUCUCGUAGUGAACGAGGAAGACAACGGAAGGACCCGACAGCAGCAGGACUAUGAGAUGUUUGGUCACGACGACAGUGGCCAAGGGAAGAUUCGUGAUGCUUCUUCGGACGGCGGCAGCAACGUCAAGUCGGUUGACAACGACUCUUUUGCUCUGCCUCAGUUCAGUGACGGAGACGUUGCGAACGUCUGCUUGCCCAUUCUGUGCAAGCCCACGAGCUUGAACGUCCGAAGUGCCACACCGAGUCCGACGUGCGUGUCGGCAUUUGCACGCGAUGAGGCCGUGACAAGUGCUGCAGAUGGAAGCGAGCCGUCGUGGACAAGUCAAGAGUUCCAGGAAUACUUGACCAUGCUCGAGUUGCUGCAAGACGUGUGCAGUGACGCUGAUGGGGGUGACAUGUGUCUGUCGGCUGACUGUCUUGGUCAAUUGGAGCGCCUCUUGACGUCGCUCUUACCUCAAGGAGUGUGA